AUGGAUGGUAAAACUGCCAUAGUGACUGGAAGUUCAUCCGGAGUUGGGUAUCACACUGCCCUAGAGCUGUACAAAAGAGGAGGAAAUGUAAUUUUAGCUAGCAGAUCUCUGAGAAAACUGCAAGAAACAGAACAAAGAUUCAAGAGAUAUUGUGCCAAUCUGAAGAAUGUUGGUCAACUUUCAAUCAUAGAGUUGGACUUAUCAUCAUUAGAGUCUGUCAGGAAAUGUGUCAAGACAUUGCUUGAUCAACAGCCAGAAAUACACAUUUUGAGUAUUGCAGGUGUGGUGUUGUAUAACCGUGAGUUGAGUGAGGAUGGCUACGAGAUGCAGUUUGCUGUCAAUCAUCUCGGCCACUUCUUACUCACUUUACUGCUCCUGCCUCGGAUCAUCAGGUCAGCUCCUUCCAGAAUCAUCAAUGUCACAUCAGAGCCCCAUUGUAUAGGUCAGUGA